UUCCAUACUGACACCUUCUACGAUAAACCAGGUAAUUCAGGUACAAGUGACGAUAGUGGUAGAGCAUCUGAACAAUUGCAUGGCCCUGGUAUACCUAGGGAUUGCCAGGACGCAGACAGUUCCAGGGACCACCUCAGCGAUGCUAGCAGUCAUUGCAGUUCGGGUAAAGGUUAUAUCUGUGAUAGUGAAGGAGAAGACGAUAAGGGCUCGGAUGCUGAAUCGAUACUCUUUGAAUCUUCUACCCCACCACCCCUUGCACGUAAAUACGAAUUGCCAUCAUCUUCACCACACGUUUUGCCUCCAGCAAACGGAGCAGGAGGUUCACCUCCAGACACGGGUGGACAAAUUUCAAAUCCAGCAACGGAUGCUCCGGCACCUAUACCACCUCCUGUGCCUGCGUCUGCACCAGUUCCAACAGCGCCAAGUCCUCCCAGUCCUACUCUACCCCCUCACAUAUCCCAACCACCUAUGACUAGUCCAUUGGCAGCAAAUCCACGUGCAAUAGCUCCGCAACAGCGGCCAGCUUCCCCUGCUCUGCCACCUCCUUCUUUGUCCCAACCUCAUACUACAAUACCUGCACUACAUCCACCCAAUGUACCCCUUGUUUCGUCAAGUCAUACAACUAGUCCUGCAGUAGCCAGCUUAGGCGUUACCCCAGCGGCACCAUCAAACGGAGCUACAACUACUAGCUAUCCACCGUCGAUACCCAUGGCUGCUUAUCCUCAAACCCAACCAUCUUAUCCACCUCUUUAUACACCAUAUACUGCUUUAAAUCACAGUCCAUACCUUCCACCUGCAGUUCCAUCUCCCUCCCAUUCUGCUUCUUCACGAGCAGAAGUGAGAGGAAGUAGAGCUUCCCCAUGUACUAAUAUAAGUAAACAACAACCUAUAGGGAAUAAUACCACAAAUCAUAAUACUCCUCUGAGCGCUGCCACUACGACAUGUGUAUCUACAAUAACUAAUACAGUUACUACAGCAAAUACCAUUGCUCACAGAGAUAUGGUAGCUUGUAGUUUAACUGGAAGAAACAAUAAUUCGCCUCGUGGGCAUAGUCCGAGUCGAGAAAGAGAUAGUUAUAGCAGUAAUGUCAGUAGCCUAAGUCGAGGUAGCAUAACGCCUGUAAGUGUGCCAAACACAUCUUCUCCAGCCAAUUCUAGUCUACCUGCAUAUACCAAACCACAAGGAUGGAUCGGUAGCAGCACAACUUCACAAUUGUCUCCAGCAACAGCAACGUCAGUUCCAAGGCCAACUCCUCCACCAGUACCACUUGGCAUGCACACGUUUCCGCCGCCAAUGUUUGCAGCACCCUUACCACCUCCUGUGUCUAGUUCCAGUCCACAUACGUCACUGCCUUCAUUACCACCGCCAACGACUAAUCCUAAUCCAUUCUCUGCCGAGUCACUUUUUCAAACAAGGGUGACUCAUGUCGCAGGUCAGGCAGACCUGUUAAGGCGAGAGCUUGACAAUAGAUUCUUGGCAUCCCAAGACAGAAACGUUGGAGUCGGAGUUGGCAAUUUGGGUCCGCCCCCAUAUCUUAGGACAGAGAUGCACCAUCACCAACAUCAGCACACUCAUGUACAUCAACAUACUACACCUUUGCUUCCACCAACGGCCGCAACUACUUUAUUUCCGCCUCCUAUAUUCAAGGACAUCCCGAAAUUAGGAGGUGUUGAAUCUCCAUUUUUUCGUGGAAAUCUAAAUCUUUCUAGUUAUUCUGGCUUUAAUACUGGUCUCUUACAUCCCGGAAUUGGUCCACCUUCAACUCCUUUUGUACCUCCCAAUCAUUUAACGUCAUUUGCACCAAAGAAAAGUGGAAAAUGGAAUGCAAUGCAUGUUCGCAUUGCUUGGGAAAUUUAUCAUCAUCAACAAAAACAACAAGCGGAAGCAAAAGCAGGAAGUGUCGUUAAUACUAAAACAGAACUCCUACGACCACCAGGUCAUCUUUAUGCAGCAGGUCCAGGAACUGGUCUCGGAAUAGGAGCAUCUCCUAUGGCACCACCAUUUCCUACUAAUAUACCACCGGCACAUCCUGCACCACCUCCACCUCAUCCAGUUGGUUUUCUAUCUACACCAGCAUCACAUUUAGGAACAGGAAUGUCACCAUUUGGAAGAUAUCCAUCAACAUUUGGUGCACCUAAUCCGAAUUUUCCUGGUCUUUCUAGUUUUCCUCCAUCGAGAGAAAUGCCACCAUUAGGUGGAUUGGGUUCUGUUCAUGAUCCAUGGAGAGGGUUACAAAGAGCCUCUGCUGGCUUUCCACCAACUACAGCAGUAUCAUGGAGUCUAAAACCAGAACCACCUGCAAUUGAUAGACGAGCUGAACUUGAAGAACGAGAACGCGAGCGAGAACGCGAACGUGAGCGUGAGCGAGAACGUGAACGUGAACGCGAACGUGAACGAGAACGAGAACGCAUAAGACGUGAGAAAGAAAGAGAAAGGGAAGAACAACGCGAAAGAGAGAGACGGGAACGUGAAAAAGAAGAAAAGAGAAAACAGCAGGAAGCUGCUGAACGAGAAAGGGAAAGAAGAGAUAAGGAACGUAGAGAAAUGGAAAGACGCGAAAUGGAACGUGAAAGGUUACUUCAUCAAAAUCGACAACAUGUAGUCGUUGGUCGGGAACGGUCACCUCUAAGAAAUGGGUCAGCACCUAUAGAUGCUGGCGAAGUACGCGUUAAAGAGGAACCACGAAGUAAAGAUGAUGAAGUAGUAAUGCUUCCAAGGCCACCAGGUCCUGGCCCUGGAGCAGCAUCUGCAGCAACAGGACCUGGUCCGAGUCCACUGCCUGACACAAGAUAUCAUCAUCCUCAUCCUCAUUCAUACCUUGCAAGGCAUCCGCAUAGUAUGCCUGCGCCGCAUUCCAUGCCACGAAGUAUGCUCCCUGCCUUGAGUGCACAUCCAAUGCAACAUUUUCCACCUCCAUCCGCACCGACUGGUCAACCAGGAGGUCCUUGGCCUGGGGAUCCUUUUAGGGAUUAUCGUUAUGAUCCUUUACAACAAUUACGUUAUAAUCCAUUAAUGGCUGCUGCUGCAUUUCGAGCAGAGGAAGAAGAAAGAGCUAAACUUUAUGCUGGAUAUCCACCGCCACCUGUAAAUUCUUUAAGAAGUAAGGAUCCAAGUCCUGGUCCAUUGAGUAAUUUGCAUAUGCAUCAUAGAGCAGGACCUGGACCAGGGGUACCAACACGACAAUUAGAGCCUGCUUUAAUGCAUGCAGAUAUACAUAAAAAGGAGGAUGCAUCCCAAUCUCGAUGAUAUAUCCUCCCUACGUCCUCGGCUUCUGCAAGUGAACGCACUAAAGGGUCAGCAUUCUGAGCAUUUGCGUAAAGUAUCCAGGCCCCGGUGCUAAUAUUUUGCUAAUGGAGAAGAGGCGUUAUUUAAAAAAAAUUGUACAUAGAUUAUUAAUAUUUAUAGUUAUCGAAAAAGUGCGAAAAAACGAAAAACGUAAGACACUUAAAAAUAACAAAUACACGCUCUAGUAAUAAGAUCGUUAAAAAAUGCCUUGUUUCGUGAUCAUAAGAUUCCGUCUGAUUACAUGACGGAAGUUAAAGGACGAAUCAUCGAUAUAAAUAAAUCAAGGCAUUUGUUUAAAUAACGUGGUCACAAAAAAAAAAGAAAACAAAUAAUAAUGACGUUAUGUGAUUCUCUAAAAGUUUCGGGGAUCUAACUGUUUAUAGCGAUAUAAACUAAUCAUUACGAUAAUUAUGCGUACAGUU